GUCCAACCUACCACAUUCUUAGUAUGGGCAUCCACACCAAGCUCCCUUGCGACCCGGGCAACAUGUCGCCGCGCAAGCACCGCAAGACGACCAACGAAGGCAAGGGCACGUGGACCCUCGAAGAACACGAGCGCUUCCUCCAGGCGUCCAAGCUCUACCCGUUUGGCCCGUGGAAGGUCAUUGCCUCCAUGGUGCGCACGCGCAAUGUGCGCCAGACCCAAACGCACGCGCAAAAGUUCCGCGAAAAGAUUGCGCGCCGCGACCGCGGGCUUCGCCGCCGCAAGAAGCAGGUCGGGCCCCAAGACACGCACGUCCGCCGCCCGUCCAUUGACGACAAGGACGGCAGCGAGAGCUCGUCGACGACUGAGAGCCACCACCGUAUGCACCACCACCACAUGCACCACAUGCACCACCACGACACGAUCACGCUUCCGGUCGACAAGCACCACCAGCCGACCAACAUGACGCCGACGGGCGCCGACUCGAAAGUCAAGGUGCUCGACUUGAAGCCGUCGGCGUUCUGCCACCUCAAGAGCCUCAACGUCGGCGCGGUCGACCUGUCGAGCAACUGCAGCGAUGACGGCGACGCGUCGCCCAAAGAACGCACCAAGAAGCCAGCGCCCAAGAAGAAGUCGGAGCCCAAGAAGACGAUUGCGUCGACCCUCGCGACGCCCAAGAACGUAAUACUCGACAAGUGCGUCGUCGUCGACGCGGUCCCAAGCCUCGAAGACUGCCUCGAUUUUCUCAUCGCGUCGCUCGAGCACGACGAGAGCAUCACGUCGGACGCCGCCAACAUCCUCGUCGUCUAGUACCUGCAUUUUGUACCCUUCUCCGCCUAGACGUGUCUUGCUUGUUCCUGCACGUAUACUAUUUACUAACAUUUUGCUUCUUCGC